AUGAUGAUGAUGAAGGAGAAGCAGACAAAGAGAAAGUCAAGGGCAAAAAAAAGCAGUGGUGGCGGCCUUGGGUUGAUCAUGCUUCCAUGGUCAGAAGCGGUGAUUAUUAUUUAUUUGAGACGGACAGUGAAGAGGAAGAAGACGAUGACAAUAAAGAUGAGGAUGAACCAAGGAGGAAAUCUGCUUUCCAGAGAGCUAUUGGAAAAUUUGCUUCAGCCAUUUUAGCCUUGCCAAAGUCUGUCAUUAAACUGCCUAAAACAAUUCUUCAGUAUUUAAUCAGAGCUGCAAAGUUUAUUUAUCAAGCCUGGAUUACAGAUCCUAAAACUGCCCUGAGACAAAGGCGUAAGGAAAGCAAAGAAGAAAAAACAGAGGGAAAUGAGACGCAAGGGGAUUGCAGAAGGUCACAUUAUUAUAGAAUGUGAAGAUAAAGAAGAACAUGGCAAAAAAAAAGUCAGAUGGUCCAGAUAACAUCAUUAAAAGGAUAUUCAACAUUUUGAAGUUUACAUGGGUCCUUUUCCUUGCCUCACUUGAUAGCUUUACUGCCUGGCUCAACUCAAUUUCACGAGGGCACAUUGAUAUCUCCACAGUACUAAGGAUAGAGCGUUGUAUGCUGACAAGGGAGAUUAAAAAAGGGCAAUGUUCCCACCCGGGAAAGCAUUCACAUGUAUUAUCAAAACCACAUCAUGAUGACACUUUCAAGGGAGUCAGGACUAGACAGAGAGAUGAUGAUGAGCCUGAUCCCACAUCAUCACAUGCAACUAAUGGCAAAAUCUCCAGUAAAAGAAUGGACAGUGCAGAUUCUGCUGCUUCUCAUGACAGCAUGUCCAGCUGCAACACUGAAGCAACCAUGCUGUUCUCAAGGCAAUCUACGCUUGAUGAUUUAGAUGGACCAGACUCUAUACCAAAAACAAGUGAGCGUGCGCGACCUAGGCUUCGUAAAAUGCACAGCAUG